AUGAUAAUUUUGGAUGAGUUACCUAUUAGUUUUGUAGAAGGCUGUGGGUUUAGACACUUUUAUAGUGUUGCAUGUCCUAAGUUUGAUCCUCCAUCUAGAAGAACCAUUGUGAAGGACAUUUAUCAAUUAUAUUUGGAUGAGAAAUUGGCUUUAAGAUCAAUGUUUAUUGCAAAGCAGCAAAGGGCAAUUGGAAAGCUAAUUGAGGUUUGUUUGCAUGAUUGGGGUAUUGAAAAAGUGUUCACACUAACCCUUGAUAAUACAAGUGCAAACAAUAAUGUAAUUGCAUAUCUUAAGAGGAAAAUGGUACAUUGGAAAAAUUGUAUAUUGGAUGCUAAUUUUUUGCAUGUUCGAUGUAGUGCACAUAUUGUCAAUUUGAUUAUGUGUGAGGGUUUGAAUGAAUUAGAUGAGGCAACUGCUAGCAUUCGUAAUGCUGUGAGAUAUGUUAGAUCAUCUCCUUCUCGAUUGCAAAAAUUUAAGGAUUGUAUAAGUCAAGAGAAAAUUGAUAGCAAAGCUUUAGUAUGUUUGGAUGUUCCAACUAGAUGGAAUUCCACAUACUUAAUGUUAGAGUCGGCUUUGAAAUUUCAAAAAGCUUUUGAGAGAAUGGAGGAGGAAGAUGGACAUUAUACUUCCUAUUUUGGUGAGGAUGAUAGUGGUAGAAAAAAAGUUGGACCUCCUUUAGCUUGGCAUUGGGAUGAUGCCAAAAUUUUUGUCCAAUUUCUUAAGGGCUUUUAUGAUGUAACUCUUAAAUUUAGUGUCUCUUUACAUGUUAGCUCCAACAUAUACUUCCAUCAAGUUUCUUCCAUACAAAAAUAA